UUUUGAAUGUGCGAAGCUCUCAUGAUGAUUUCUUGGAUGAGAAUGUCCCGAUCCCAGAGUUCCUGCCUGGAGCAGCCAACAUUACAGUGAGGGAAGGGGAUGUCGCCAUUCUGCCUUGUGCUGUCCGAAAUCUGGGCACUAAACAGGUGGCGUGGCGCCAUGUUGAAGCCGACAGGUUUUUAACGAUUGGCACAAUGACUUGGGCAGACGAUAAUAACGUGUCAAUGGACCAUUCCAG